AUGUGCACACCCAAAAAGUCCGGCCGACUUGAGGUCAGCGCCGAGCUGCAGAAGGUGUGGCAAGCGUGCGGCCCUGGUCGGAAGCAGCUGGUGAAUGCUCUUAUUGCAUGCAAUGGAGACAAGGAGGCCUUCAAAAAACGCGUGGAACACCAGCUCUCCAAAACCAGGCGGAACAAGACGACCGUUCAGGCCGGCUUUUACACCAAAGAUAAAAUGAAGAAGGUGCUGGGCUUCUCACCGUUCGAUGCCCAGAUCUUGCGUGAUUUAUACCAGAGCCACGUCAAGCACUACUGGGUGGAGGAACAGGUGACGGGCACGUUCGAGGUUGAGGAAAGCGAGGCAUUUCAUGAGACCUCCAUCGCAGAGGGCGAUGGUGACACUUCCCUGACCCUUGGUGGACCCGCUGCAAGCAGUGACCCGCUGGACUUGCCAGGUUCCAGCAUGGCUGAUUCCCCGGAGAUUAGUGAGGUAGAGGACGAGGAUGGUACCGAGAGUUCGGCCCCCCGACCUUCGAAAAACGAUGAGGUCAAGCAAGAGCUGGCUUUGGAGGCAUUGGUUUCCUCUUAUAGAAGCCAUGCGUGA